CUAUUUAUUUAUCGCAUGUAUACUGAGGAGUACCUACAUUUUAUUUAAUGGCAUAUUAAACUUAAAUGAUACAUUUAAAUUACACUACUCUAUCAUCUAGAAAUCAAUCACAUAGAUACUGAAUUAUUUUAAUUACUUUGUAUUUUUAAUAUUAUACAAAUUUCGAACUGUACAAAUAAAAAUAUUUUAGUAGAUAGGUAUCAAUAUAAAUUGUUUUCAAUAAUUAUGGUAAAUAUUUUAAAACAAUAAAAAUGACAAAUCUUGAUGUGAAACAGACAGAACCGGUUAAUCCUCAAGAAAUGAAUUCUAUUCAAAAAGCAGCUGACUCCUCACACGGGAUAGGGUUCCGGCACCUGCAGAGCUUGCUGCUGUUCCUAUGCGUGGUGAGUGGAUACCUGAUCCGGGUGAACCUGUCCGUCACCAUUGUGGCCAUGAACCCCGUGAUCAAUUCGACGGACUAUUUUCGAGAACUGGCCAACCACGUGCCGAUAUUCGGGUGGACCAACUCUAUGCGGUCGGUGCUGCUCAGCACGUUCUUCGUCGGCUACCUGGUGGCCAACUUUCCGGCGUCCGUGCUCGGGUGCCGAUUCGAUAACAAGACGCUACUGGCGUGCAGCAUGACCGUCUCGUCUUUGCUGACCCUCAUCAGUCCGCCGGUGGUAUACGCGUAUGGUGCCCCCGCCCUGGUGGCCGUCCGGUUCGCGCAGGGCCUGUCGUCGGCGUUCAUGUUCCCCAUGGUGCACGGCAUCAUGUCCAAGUGGGCACCGCCGCACGAGCGAGGCCAGUUGGUCGGGUUCAUCAACAGUGGCAUACAGCUGGGCACCAUGGUCACGAUGGCCGUUUCUGGUGUGCUGUGCAGCAGCUCGAUGGGCUGGCCGAGCGUCUAUUACCUGAGCGGUGCCUUUGGGUUGGCGUGGACGGCUAUCUGGCUACUGCUGGGCUCCGGGUCCCUGUCCACGCACCGGUUCGUCAGUCAGGCCGAGAAGGACUACAUCCAGAGGUCGCUCACUAAUACCGUUAACCACGAUAUACGGUUGUCAGACACUCCAUGGAAAUCCAUAUUCACGUCGUUGCCAGUGUGGGCCACCGCCUUAGCGCACAUUGGCCAUAACUGGGGCUUUUGGCUACUGUUGACCGAGAUGCCAACAUUCAUCCACACGGUGCUCAAAUUCGAUAUUAAGGAUGAUGGUAUGCUAUCCUCGUUGCCAUAUCUCGCCAUGUUUCUGCUUCAGAUACCGGUCACCUUCAUUGCCGAUUUUCUGAACAAACGCGAAAUCACCAGCCUCACGGUGUCUAGAAAAAUUUGGAACACAAUAUCCACGUGGGGUGGCACCAUCGGCUUAGUCAUACUAGGUUACAUCGAAAACACACAUUUGAUAAUCAUCCUUUACGUGUUUAUCGUAGCCAUAGGAUGUACAUCAAACGCCGGGUUCAACAUAAAUCACAUGGAUCUAUCGCCCAACUACGCUGGGCUCCUAAUGGGAAUCACCAAUACAGUCGCAGCUUCCGGAGGGAUCAUCGCCCCUCUAUUUGUCGGGCUCGUUGUCGACGAUCAGACUUCAGUUGCGGAAUGGCGAAUCGUGUUCAUCAGUGGUGCAGUAGUGCUAUUCAUAACCAAUUUGUUUUUUAUUAUAUUUGGCUCAGCCGAGACCCAGCCUUGGAAUUCAUUGCAAAAUAAAGAUUCUCUAAAAAUGGAUAAUACUAAACAAGAUAUUGAAAUUGUUGGAUAACUUAACACGCAAAUCAUAUAAAAUGUACCUAACGCCAAUAUACCUAGUACCUACUACCACAUAAUUAUGUAUGAUUAUUUGCCAUCUAUAUUUCAUAUGUAUAAAUAUUAUGUUGAUUAUAACAUUGAUACUAUUAUGAUUUACAAAAUUUAAAUUACUUAAAUGACAAAAUGUAAUUAUAAGCUCAACGUUUAAGGCUCUCACUUUAAUUUGUUUUAAUUUUGCCCCUAAUUUAAAAUUUUAAUAAAUACCAAAUAAUUGUUAUUUUUUUACAAUAAAUGUCUAUGUAUAAUGUA